AUGCCACUGAGCUAUAUCGCCGGCCCUAACGCUCCCUUUAAAGAACCUCAGUACCUACUGUCGGUGGUGCAGGGCCAGCCUGGCGACCUCAGCACCCUCAAUGCCAGCCUCCCUGCCGUGCCUUCCGCGGCAGAUGGAGGUCGUGUCACUGAGAAACGGGCUGCCGUUGCAUGUUUUGCACGGAGAAGUGUCCUGCAGGGUCCGAGGCCUCCCACACCGAAGCAUGGGGCCUACCGGGCCCUUCCUUCCGGGCAGCUGGGCUCCCCUAGUUGGUCCUCUGCACCCCGCUGCCUGGCCGCCUGGCGCCAACCGGGAGGGGUCGCUGGGGGCGCAGGGAGCGUGGACGGGAGCUCCGCACCGGUAACUCCGGGUCUGUCUGCCCUAGGAGAGACCCCGCCUCUUCAGCGAGAGGGAGCUUCCAGGCCGCUGACCCCGGCCGAGGUCAGCGGCCGCGUGCCCGUGACCAGCCCGUCUGUCCCCGCCUGCCCGCCGGCCGGUUCCUUGCGCUGGGCCCCCGGACAAAAGGUCACUGCCUCCCGCGGCCAGAGGUCAGACACUCGGAAUCCCAUUCCCCAAGCGCUCAAUGCGGGCUUUUACUGGAUCCUGGAUCCCAGCUUCACAGUGAUUGCUGAAUCCACCACCGCCUGUCACCGAGACUGGCACCACAGAGAGUCUCGCAACGGUAUCCUGGGAGCCUUCGCCCCGCGCCUCCCACAGCCUCCCGCCGCAGCUCACAGCCCUGUGCUCGUUCUGGCCUCACGCCCGUCUCACUGCAGACCCUGUGCUCUUGGCCUCUUUGCACUUCCUGGAAUACAGCUGGCUCUUCCUGCCGCCUGUGCCUGGGAGUCCUCUCCCUGGGGUGUCUGCCCUUUGCUCUUUGUCCGACAGCCACCUUCUCAGUUCUCUCACUGCUGUGAGUUCUUUCUCCGAGAGAUUCUCCCUGGCCUCUUCAACUACAAAGUAGAUGCCCCUCCUGUCUCCCUGGAUUCUCCUCCGACCUCCUGUACUGGGGAUUGAACCCAGGGGCGUCACACGGAGCUACAUCCCCCACCCUCCUUUUUUUUUUAAAGUGUUGAGACAAGUCUCAUCAAGUUGUUGAGUUACCAAAAGCUGGGCUCACCACUGCAGUCCUCCUGCCUCAGCCUCCCGGGCAGCGGUUCUAGGUGUGUAUCACCCUAUGGGCCCAGCCUCUGCCUCCCUUCUUAUCCCUGUGUAAUUUGUAAUCUCUUUGUUGACUUCUUGUGGUCUCUCUUGUAGUAGACAGUUCCCGGGAAGACAGAGACGGUCUUUUCUCACUCACUUUGGUACCCUGGCACCUAGCAAAGUGCCUGGCACUUUCCAGGAAUGCAGAAAACCCUUGGUGAAUGAUUUGUGCUCCCAGGAGCCCCACGACAUACAUCCCAUUUUACAGGUAAGGAAACAGAGGCCCAGGAGAGUUAACACUCCAGCUGUUGCCAUGGUGACCUGGUACCCAAGCCUAAGCCUGACCCUAAUACACCUGCCUCCCCCCAGCUCUGGCCCCUUCAAUUUAAAAUUAAUCCUGCCAUCAGAUGGGCCUUGCAUUCAGCACCAGUUUCAAUCACCUUUGCUACAAGCCUUUGAUUCUCUACCGCCUCGCCUGAACCCUUCAGCCUGCACCGGGUGGCCCCACUUCCUCCUCACGACGCAGGACUCUCGCUCCUGCCUUUGCUCGCCUUUGCUCCUCUUCGCUCUCUGCUGCGUUCCCACACCCGUACGCCCGGCCCUCCUCCCGACCUGGGACUCCCAGCCUCGCUGAGGGUUCCGCUAUCUUAAGUGCUGUUUCCCCAUGAAGCCUUCGUCAUCUGCGCCGCCCUCCAAAUAGCAGUAAACUCUGCCUGAACAUACUGUUAGAUAGGUGGUAAAUAGCUAGACGGACAGAUGGGUGCUGCUCCUUUCCUGUGUGGGUCUUACAUGGAGAGGAGGACGUACGCCCCCUAGAGCCUGGCAGAACACGAGGGACGAGCAUCUUCAAGCACAACCCCUCCAUGGGCCGACACCUGCACCUAAGGAGUGCGUGAGUUGUGUCCUAGUGACAUUUCCCGUCCCUGAGAUAAAAUACCAGAUGCCUAAAGUGCAAGGAGGAAA